CGGCUCCAGUUGCCCCAUCCCCCUCCCUGGAUGGCUCUGCAUCCUGGCAAAGAUGGGGGGAGGGGGGCUGGGGGGCAUCUUUCUCAAGAGGGCCCUGGGCCAAGAGGAAGGAUAUGUUUUCUUUCCCUUUGUCCACCUUGGGGGAAACCCCGGGGUUCCCGGGCUCCUGUUCUCUGCGCUGGGAGGAGGAAAGUGAGGGCACUGGGGGUGGAGGGUGAAGGUGGCGCCACAGUCCCUCCCCUGCCGCCACCACCCCUGUCUGUGCUGGGAGCUGCUGUCACCUAAGCGCCUGUGAGUCUGCAGCAGGCCAGAGGGGACGAGCAGGGAGCUGGAGGGAGGACAGGACGGCAUCCCCGUGUGCAAGGCGGGCCGCACCGAGGCCGGGCGCUGGGAGCCAUGGGUCCCCACUGGGCGGGAAUCCUGCUCUCAGCCUCACUUUGGACCGCGUGGAGCCUGCCCGCUGCAACCCAGCUCGACCUCGACGCCACACUGCUCAACGUCAGCCUAAAAUUGCCAGCCAAGCCCACCAUUUCAGUCAGCCCGGGCAUUGUCACAGAGAAAGCGGAAAAGGUGACCUUCCGAUGUGACACUAAAGACAUCAACCCUAACAUCCACUGGGUCUUCAGCAAUCGCCCGCUGGUGUUGCACGAGCGCAUCCACCUGUCCCCAGACGGCAGGGAGCUCACCAUCUCCCCUGUCUUGCGGGGGGACGCCGGGAGUUACCAGUGCGAAGUUUGGGAUGUCCAGGGGUCCCAGAGCAGCAAUCCCACCUACCUGGUCGUGAACUAUGGGCCUGACCCCUUUGACAUCAAGGUGGAGCCCAGUGCACCCUGCGGAGAGGUGGUCAAGGUGAUAGAGGGCUCCAACGUGACCUUCUCGGCGAAAGCGCAGUCUUAUCCAGCCCCAACCUAUUCCUGGUUUCUCCCCAACGAUUCCACCCCAUCUUUCACGGAGAGAACAUUCCGCAUCCACGCCGUGUCCAGGGAACAGGAGGGCACGUACAGGUGCUGGGCGAACAACAGUGCCACCCAGAAGUCCCGCCUGGCUGCUCUUAGAGUCCAAGUCCUUGAACACACGACCAAGCCUCUCCUCAUGACCCCAAACCUGAGCGUCGUGGAGAAUGCCAACACCGUGCCCCUGACCUGCCUGACCAUCCAUGAGGGGGCUCUGGUCCAGUGGUUACUGAGGGGCCAGCCCCUCCAGCCCAGCAAGCACCUGGUGCUGUCUGAGGACAACAGGACCCUGUUCAUCCACCCCCUCUGGCGGAACGACACGGGGCCCUAUGAGUGUGAGGUCUGGCACGGGGGCGGCUGGACCCGGAGCGACCCUCUCAGGCUGACCAUCCACUAUGGCCCUGACCGCGUGAACAUCACCAGGGGGUCACAGCCCGGGGCGGUCACCCACGUCCAGGCGGAGCUCAGCUCCAAUCUGACCUUGCAGUGCUGGGCCAAGUCCCAGCCAGACGCUGAGUAUCGCUGGACCCUGGAACACUCCACCGCGGUGUAUGUGGGGGAGAAGCUGGUCAUCGAGGCCCUGACCUGGGAACACCAGGGGACCUACAACUGCAUGGCCUUCAACCCUCAGACCCGCCUGGCCCACUCCGCCUCGGUCCUGGUCAGCGUGGUAGGUCCCCAGUCUCCGCUGUCUGCUGGGUCCAUUGCUGGCAUUACCAUCGGGGUCCUGGCAGUUAUCACCCUGACCGUAGGCCUGGGCUAUUUCCUUUACACCAGAAAUGCCAGAUGGCCCUCCAGGAAAACAGCAGAGGACCCCAUCCAUGAGGUCACCACACCUACCUCCAAGGAGGAGCACCCUGCCCAGCCCAGUUCCGACUGGCCAAGGUCCGUGUAUGACAAUAUAGGCCUCGAACUUCAAGGCCAGGUCAAAGUCAAAAAGAUGCUGCCUCAAGAGCCCUCAGAGCACUUCUAUGAGAUGAAGCCGCCUUCUGCAACCCCUGAGGGCUAUUCUCAUGGCUCCAGGAAGCCAUCGCCUCAACUUGCAUUGCAUCCACUGGUCUCCACUCUACCACAAGGAAACACAGAGUCCGUCUAUGAGGUGCUUGAGAAUCCGGAAUGCAGCAUUUACUGCCAAAUGAAGCCCUCAGCGUAAUGGAAAUGAAGACCCUUUCUCCAGAAAUCCUAGAGAAACCAUGCUCAAUCAUAUGCUCAGUGACAUUUAUUGGAUGCAUAUUAUAUUCCAGCCACUCUCUUUGCAAACUUUGUGACAUUCUGUCUCAAUGGGUUACUCAGGCUCUGGACCCUAGAUCCUACUGAUUCUUAGGCUUUCGACUCGUAUUUCUUUAAAGACAACAGAAACAGGGGAAAAGUAACCUAGAAUUAGAGGGCCAAUGUUUGAGACCCACCAGCUGGAAUGGCUGUAGCUGUAUCAUAGGAACAGCCAAACACCACCGAUGGACAGCAUUCAGAGAGAAGUGUGGGAGUUAGCCAAAGAUCUUAGGCUUUUAACAGUGUUUUGAAAAUAGCAGCCAAAUGCAACCCAACAUGAAAAGGGAUAUCUGCUUAAAAAUACUUAAGAGUCUUACCUGUGGAUGAUUAUCUCACUAGAAAAGCCAAGAGAAUCAAAUGGAAUACUAUAAGAAUUCAUAACAUUUCAGUAGGUUAACCAGAUACAAAAUAAAUAUUUCUUUUAAAAAUCCUCA